AUGACUUCAGAAACAGCUACGGCUGCCAAUUCGUUGAAGCUCAUGCCAGACGUUUUGGCCAGAGUGGCGCCGGAUGUUUCACUUCAAAAGCAUCUACACCUCGGUCUGAGGCCCUGCCUCAGAAAGUUCGAGGAGUUCAGACAUGUUACUGUUGAUAAAACUGGUUUGGGGAAGUACGAGACAGAAGACAAGAAUGGCAAUAUUUUGGGCUCUUCUGUUGUUAAAAGUGGUGAUACCAUAGUCUUGUGUGGGAUCACUGGUGGAAUAGUGGAAGACGAACAAGAAGCCAUUGACGAUUACCGCUUGAAACUGGAAGACGGAAUUAUUAGCAAUGAAGAGACAGCGAGUUCAUCCAGAAAAAAUGCAACAGUUUAUCCUGUUGUUCAAAUAGAAAGUGGUCGUACGGGACCUCCUUCCGAAGAGGAAAUGAUCCUCUCGCAGAGGUUGCAUGACACUCUUCUCAGCUCUGGAAUUCUCAAUACUGAAGAUCUCAAAAUUAGUCUCAGUCUCAAGAGUAGGGACGAGAAUGGUGAAGUGUCAAUUAUUGGACCUGACCAGUUUGAAGCCAAAAAAAGUUACUCGUUUGUGCUAUAUGCAAGCAUCCAGGUGUUUUCGAGGUCUGGGCCUAUGUUCGACCUGUGCUGGGGUUCGUUGGUAGCUGCUCUGAGAAACACGUUUUUGCCACAGGUAUAUGUGGAUGAGGACCAGCUUGAUAUCCGUAUGCCGGUGAGGUCAAAGGGGGGUGAGAAAGCUACUAUAUCCGAGGAAUACAAGUUGGUUUGUGAUAAUGCCAAGGCCACAAAGCUGGUUAUUGAUGAGAGUAUGAUAAGUUGGAGCAGCACUUUUGGAGUGGUCACUGUACACAGCAAAGAUGGAGACAUAGACAUGGAUUCCGGUGAUGUUGCCAAUGAAGACGUUCUUUUGGCAGAUCUGGAAGGUGAGGUUGAAGAUACCACUGUGGAUAGAAGGAUUCAUGUGGUUACCAAUGGUCAGACUUUGACCUCGGUUACGAUUACUGGUGGCUCUGAGGGAGUUCCAAUUCCAAGGGACAUGAUCAGAAAAGCAAUAGAGCAGGCCAAGAGGCGAUCCAAUGAUCUUGUACAGAAGUUAUAG